GUGGUAAGGAUAAAAAUACGAGGGAUAACAUACCUUUUUUUGGGUUAGACAUUUCAGAAAUAGCUAUCGGAGUAGAACCGCUUUCGCAGCUUGUGAGACGCAUACACUAUAUUAUUUCACAUUAUAUGCACAGAUAUAUACACAUACACAAGUCAUAAUCUUCAUUUGAUCUUUGCUAAUAUUUUCGAUGCAGGGUUGGACUCGCAGUACUACCGGUGGUUCCACUGGACAUACUGCAGGGAUGGUUCGCACGACAGCUCCGACGAACUCGGUAGCACCACCGCCAGCCGCCCCACGCCGCCGUUUUCAACUCACAGAAGAGCAGCGACAGGAGAUCCGUGAAGCCUUUGAGCUUUUUGAUUCCGACAAAAACGGACUGAUUGAUGCUCACGAAAUGAAAGUCAGCAUGCGUGCUCUAGGGUUUGACGUGAAGCGUGAUGAGGUGACGCGUCUGAUGCAGGACUGUGCCGCACGAGAUCAAAAUGGUCAGCCCUUAAUGGAUUUGGCAGGAUUCACUGAUAUCAUGACCGAAAAAUUUUCCCAAAGAGACCCAAGGCAGGAAAUGAUCAAAGCCUUCCAGCUAUUUGAUGAAAAUAACACAGGUAAGAUUUCACUGCGCUCGCUACGUCGAGUGGCGCGGGAGCUUGGUGAGAACAUGAGCGAUGAUGAGCUGCAGGCUAUGAUCGACGAGUUCGACACAGACCAAGAUGGGGAGAUAAAUCUGGAGGAGUUCAUGGCGAUCAUGUUGGAGGAAGACGACUACUAAUGAGUAUCCUAAAACCAAAAAAAGAAGAAAACAGUGUCCAACUCAACAAGAGGAGCGCUUGUGAAAUUCUAGAACUCAUGGUGAGUUGCUUUUCUUCCCUAUAGACGAAUAAAUUAAUACAAAUGUUCCAUUUACUUUACAAGUUGCUAUAUAUUUUCAAUCGUGCACCCUUAUUCGUUAGGGUAAAAUGUUAUUUGGGGCGAUAAGUCGAGAUGAAGAGCAUAGAAUAAUUCACCUCAUUUUAUAAUAAAAUCACAACAAAA